AUGACUGCCAGUGCCGGGAGGACAGACGGUGAAGCGAUAGAACGAACUUGGAGUACACAUAACCACCUCUCUGGUAGUACUUCCAAGAUGACCCCUGGCUUUCGAUUGGACACACUUGAGCUUCACUUCUCUGAUUGGAACAUUCAAAAGACUCGAAAAAUGGGUGUCAGUCUUCACAAUGAUUUACUCAAGGCACGUGAACAGGUCGAAAUACAUACAGCAGAAUAUAAGGAGCUUUGUGAUGGGCUGCCUCCUAAGUCAACUGAUAAGUGGAUUCUUGAAGAGAAAAACUUCGAUAUUUCUCAAGGUGAACAGAACAUCUACAAGGCCAUGGCUGAAAAAGCACCAUCAAAAUCAAUGGUUCUAUCAAGCCUCAAGGAGCUCGAAAAUCCAAUGAGCAAUGCAGCUGAUUCAGAGGAUCCAUCAACAACAGUCGCAUGGGUCAAUGAAGGACUGGAAAUUGAGGAAAAUCAGUUACGGGACCAUGUACUCCUGGCUCGUGCACGAACCUCACUGUGGGAACGCAUCCUGAACUGGCAUGAACAAUCUCCCCUGGAGUCUGGUGAUAUCGAACUUAACAAGGAAGAGCCCGAAUUCCCAGAAAAUCAGCCCAUCACUCUGCCUUCAUCACUACCACAUAUUGCUCGACCCCGUGAUCUUGCUGAUUUGGAACUGCAGUUGAGGGAGGGUCAGGCAAAUGAUGCUCUCAGAACCAUUCGUGGAUAUCUGUCUCAGAAGCUGGUUCUAACUCGUGCGAGGAAGGAUAAUCGAAGCCAGCAUAGUGGACGUCUCCUCAAUGAUGCAGCAGAGAAAUUCAAGGCCCCAAUGAAUCUGGCUGUAAGCCAAUACCGAAGGGCAUAUGAUGCCAUGAUUCAGCUUGGAAUGCGCCAAGAAAACCCAGUGUAUCGGCCUCUCCUAGAUAGUGACAUCACCACUAGCAAAGUAUUUGAUGUUAAGCGUUCUGUAGGACGAGGAUAUGAAAAAUUAUCCUGGAUUUGGUCCAACAGUGGUGCAAUGGCAUCGGGUUCGUUUACUGAUAGUUGGUUGGAAGAAGUCAAUCGUGAUCGUUGGAUUGAAGAAGCCGAGCUAUUGGAAAUAGAGCUCAACCGAACAAGGCAGUACUUUGGCUUUCUCUCCCAACGGUGGGAGUCUUUUGGUCAACGGAGACUUGAUGGAUGGGCAGCAUAUGGGAAGCGAAUGGCUGCAAUGUACCGUGUCUUGGCCAAUGAUGUCCAUAAGCUCAUGUUAACAGGACUAUGGAGAUUCACCAGACAUUCCAUUAAGUUACAUGAUGCCCAAUGCCCUGCUGACACCUUGGUGUCUAUAUACUAUGUACAAGCGACCGAUAUAGGCGAUGUUUGCCUGGUCUUUGCCGCAGUUAAAGAAACCAUUCUACAGAAUGCUUUCCCUGAUACGGGAUUCUGCUAG